UACAUGUACACCUUUCCCUUACCCUUCCCUUUGUUUUCUUCCUUUUUCCCUCAAUUUUCCCUUCAUUUUCUUCAUUUUUCUUCCUUCCUUUCCUCAUGAAAAUCCCUUGCUUUUCUCUUGCCUUCCCUUCAGUUUCCCUUCAUUUUCUUAAUUCUCUUCAGUUUCUUCAUAUUUUCUUCCUUCCUUUUCCCCCUCAUGAAAAUUAUAGCUUGUUUUCAAGAGGAAUUGCACUUAUGCAUUGUUUUUAUUACAAAGAGAAUUUUUUACAAAUAUUUUUUAGCAAGUAUAAUUAAACCAACAAAGGCCUUUAAUAGAAAAGAACCACUUGUUUAGACGAACGUGUUUUUAUUGGAAAUAAAAAUCAAAUAAAUAAAAAUAAAUGUUGGACGACCAUGUAAGGAGGUGUAUUUAAUCAGUUAGAUAUAUAAAGAACGGAUGUGUUGCUCAAGCAUUUAAAAAAGAAGAAAUUUUUUGGAAGAAUUUUUUUUGGUCAGACUUGAACGGAUAUGCAUUGGUAAGAAAAAUUUUUUAAUGGGGAAAAGGGUUGAAAAAAAAAGUUAAAUUUAUUGGGUUGACUCCCUUUUCUUUUACCAUCCUGAUUUUUAAA